CUAUAAAAGGAGGGAUGAAGCCAGCAGAGAUCACAUUCUCUCUACAGAGACCUCUACAGCACACAGAUCCAGACAUGGCACCUACAGCCACUGCAGCACUCAGCACUUCUCAGGAGCACCUGACUCUCAGCCACAAGCUCAGAAAGCCUCUGGUGGAGAAGUUACGCAGAGAGAGAAUCAACAGCAGCAUCGAGCAGCUCAAGUCUCUCCUGGGUCCAGAGUUCCUCAAACAGCAGCCAGACUCCAAACUGGAGAAAGCAGACAUCCUGGAGAUGACCGUUUGCUUCCUGAGCCAGCUGCAGCAGAAGAGCCAACAACAAGGAAGACUGCUGAAGCACUUCCACAAGCUUCAGUCCUCCUCUGAGAAGAAGCUGGGAGACAUGGACUUCUCUCCUCUGAGCUCCACAGUCCAGACCAGCGUCAGCACAGAGAAGAGUCCAGGCGACAGCGCCCCCUGGAGGCCGUGGUAGACACCCAGACUGGAGCUCUGAGAUGACCAUAUUGGUCAGAGAUGAAGCACUGAACUCUGGGAAAUGUUCUUCACUGGUUCUUCUGAAUGUUCAGAAGGAAGUUUUUGAUGAUGUUUGUGGAGGAAGUGACAUCACUGACCUCUUUCAAGUGAAGAUGGAAACAUCUCAUCAUGCAUGUUGCAUGAAUCUAAACUCACUUCUUGAGUGGUG